UGGCUGCAGCGGCCGCAGGUUCCUGAGCGGGUCCAAGCCGCCGCGGGCGCGCCGCGCACUGCAGCCCCAGCCGCCGCCGUCAGCCGGCGCCCCCCCACCCCGGGUCCGCCUUCCUGCUCCGCCUGGGCCGGGCCCUAAAGGCAAGGACAAAGAGGCUGCCUGGGAGCCUCCGCAGGAGCGGAAUUUACCUGCAGCUGCCGGGAACUACAGGCUCCAAGAUGGUUUGCGGAGGCUUCGCGUGUUCCAAGAACUGCUUGUUCGCUCUCAACCUGCUCUACACGUUGGUUAGUCUGUUGCUAAUUGGAAUCGCCACGUGGGGCAUUGGCUUCGGGCUAAUUUCCAGUCUCCGGGUGGUGGGCGUGGUCAUUGCCGUGGGCAUCUUCUUGUUCCUGAUUGCGUUAGUGGGGCUGAUUGGAGCUGUAAAACACCAUCAGGUGUUGCUAUUUUUUUACAUGAUUAUUCUCUUACUUGUAUUUAUUGUUCAGUUUUCUGUAUCCUGUGCUUGUUUAGCCCUGAACCAGGAGCAACAGGGUCAGCUUCUUGAAGUUGGGUGGAACAAUACAGCAAGUGCUCGAAAUGACAUCCAGAGAAAUUUAAACUGCUGUGGGUUCCGAAGUUUUAAUCCAAAUGACACCUGUCUGGCUAGCUGUGCUAAAAGUGGUCACCCGUGCUUACUCUGUGCUCCAAUAAUAGGAGAAUAUGCUGGAGAGGUUUUGAGAUUUGUUGGCGGCAUUGGCCUCUUCUUCAGUUUUACGGAGAUCCUGGGCGUUUGGUUGACCUACAGAUACCGGAACCAGAAAGACCCUCGCGCUAAUCCUAGUGCAUUUCUUUGAAAAAAAACAAUGAAAAUCUUUCAUAUUCUGAUCAUGUUCAAUUUAUCUAAAUUUAAAUUAAGCUAUUUUAUUUUGCCCAUUUAAGGAAAUAGUAUCUGAAAAGUGACAUUGACAGUGGAAUUAUAUAUUUCUACUCUUAUGUUUCUCUAAAUGUUUUUGUUUUUCCAUUGCUAAAACAACUCUGAAACUUGUGUUCCCCUCUAAACUUCAGUAGUACCUGCAGUCUACCGUGUACAUGGCGUCUGGCACUGUCCACUGUGGCCUUUCUUAGCAUUUGUAUCUGCAGAGAAACUUUGUAUGGCACUACUGUGUUGAUCAUAUUGUGCAUCUAAAUGUACAUCUCACUGGGAUAAUUGUAUGUAGUACUGUACUGUGUAGGUAGUUCUUACUGGGAAAGAGUUGAGAUUUAUUAAAGCCGGAACAUUUGGAAGUCUAUUAUGUUCAGUUCAGUAUGGGAAAUCCAACCUCCUUUAGGAAAGAUGUGUUGUGGUGAAAAUUGUUACUAUCAAGUGAUAAUUUAGUUCUAGUAGUCUUUUAGGAUUACAUUAAUGCAUUGUAGAAAUAGCUAGAUCUUUAGGAAAGUGUUUGCUUUAGUUUUUGGACUUUUACAGGUAAGUGGAAAGAAGUGGUCAUGAAAUUUCAUUUACCUUUUGCAUUCAAAAUGGAAUGAAUUUGAGUAAUUCAGAAAGUGUACCUAUAUAAUCUUGAUUAUCCUUUUGUAAUAAUUUGAAGUCCAAAAGACUGCAUUUUUAAACAAGUUACUAUUAAUGUGUUGGCCAAUGUAAUAAAAAUAUAUUUGAUUAUCCGAAA